AUGCCGCUUUGUUUGUUCCAGAUAUGGGUGGUGUUGGCGUGCGCCACAUCACUAGCCGUACCUAUCCAGGAGACGGCCAAGGACACUGAGUUAUCUCGUGAUAAACGCUCCCCUGGAGGUUGGCACUCUCCACCACCUGAGGGAGUGUGGAAGAAGAAACUCGUAUGGAAGGAAGACUGGAAACAAAUCUGGAAAACAGAAAAGAAACUGGUCUGGAAAACUGAAUGGAAGAAAGAAAAAGUACCAGCAUGGAAAACUGAAAAAGUACAACAAUGGAAAGAAGAGCAAGUACCUGCGUGGAAGGUAGUUCAGAAACCAAUCUGGAAGGAAGUGCAGGUACCCAUCUGGAAGGAAGUUCAGGUUCCAGACUGGAAAAAAGUAUGGAAACCAGUUUGGAAAGAAAUCCAAGUCCCUCACACUAAGGAAGUACAGGUACCUGAAUGGAAACAAAUCCACGUCCCUGAAUGGGUAAAGGAAGGAGUACCCGGAGAAAAGUACCUAGGUAAAGAUGACCACGGUUGGGAAUACACGAGCCACGACCUCUGGAGGAAGAAGAUGAUCUGGAAGCCCGUAUGGAAGAAGGUCUGGAAGACAGAGCACAAGCAAGUGUGGGUAACUGAAAAGAAGCUGGAAUGGAAAGAAGAAUGGAAACAGGUCUGGAGGACUGAGAAGAAACAAGCGUGGGUCACCGAGAAGAAACAAGAGUGGGUAGAAGAGAAAGUACAAAUCUGGAAGACAGUCAAGAAAGAGGUCUGGGUACCAGUACAGAAGAAGAUCUGGGUAGAGAAAUGGAAGCAGGUUCAGGUACCUGUAUGGAAGUCUAUUGAAGUGCCAGCGUGGAAGAAGGUAUGGAAACCAGUCUGGCAGAAGGUGUGGGUACCAAUCCACCACGAAGAACAUCACGAAGAACACCACGGAUGGGACUAA